CGACAAGUGACGUUGCACAAUUAUCUCUGAUCAACGACAUUCAAGCUGAUCAAUCUGGAUGACUUGGAUGCAUCUUGCCUGGUGCAUAUGUUUCAAGAGUGGAGUGCUCAGAAACUAGUGCAGUUUGAAGAGUUCUUCGAUCAUGGGCUUAGUCACAUGCGAAGUGUUACGAUCACAUCGCCGAAACUUCCGAUCCCGUUCCGUGCAGAAUUGGGAAGUGUAGAUGUCAAUAUUAAACGGGGCUAUUUAAAAGCUGGCUUCCUCCCUAUAAUUCAAUUUGUCUAUCAUCCUUUAAUCAGCCAACGUCUGGAAAGCACAUUCUUCGCGCGGCAUUUUGUAGAACCAAAAAAAUGACGGAUGCAAAUAAGGGGUGUAAAAUCACCGUCCACUGGCUUGAACAGUCCCGCGCUCAGCGCAUCAUUUGGCUUUUUGAGGAACUCAACCUCAAAUAUGAUAUCAAACUGUACAAGCGGGGCAAAGACCUCCUCGCACCCAAGGAACUGCAGGAAAUCCACCCCCUGGGAAAGAGCCCUGUGAUCAACAUCGAGACACCCUCAGGGGCAUCUAAAGUCGUCGCCGAGUCAGGCGUCAUUGUCGACUAUAUCUGCAAACACUUUGGUCCGCAGCUGAUUCCGAAAGAGUACCCUGCGGGCAAGGAAAAUGAGGUCGGUGCGGAGACAGAGGCCUUUUCCCGAUACAAUUACUUCCUACAGUACGCGGAGGGCUCUCUCAUGCCGCCUUUGCUGAUCUACUUGGUUUUUUCGCAAUUGAAGGGCCCACAGGUUCCGUUCUUGGUCCGGCCGAUCACUAGAACUAUAGCCAGCCAGGUCGAAAAGCAAUUUCUCAACCAGGAGAUCGAGAAACAGUUUCGUUUCAUCGAAGCUCAGCUCGGAUCGUCGGGAGGGGAUUUCAUCUGUGGUUCUGAAUUGACAGGCGCUGAUAUCAUGCUCAUCUUUCCAUUGCAAGGAGCAAUCGAGGCCAAGGUGCUAGACAAAGCAAAAUACCCAAACAUCAGCGCUUAUAUCGACCGUCUGGAGGCGAGAGAGGCGUGGAAAAAAGCUGUUCGCGUUGUAGAAGAGAAGACAGGGGAGAAAUAUUCUGUUGCACCUUAACUUUAGCUAAGGGUGGUUGUUGUGAAACUUGCGUCUGCUCUUACAACAACGAAGCGUCACCGCUCUGAUUUAGGAUUGAACAAACGCUACAAUAGGUUCAACUAAGCUUGUGUCGUGGAUGAGCAGCAUAUGUACGCUUUGUGUCUCGAUAUAACAAAUGACUAUGCGAAGGGCCAAGACAUGUAGCGACCUGUUCUUUCUGUCGUAGUAAUAACGAAUGUAGAUAUUACGAAAGCUAUGCGAAGCUGCCAUCAUAAGUCCAUUUCCGACAAUGUACGAGCGUGAGCGCCAAAGGCAAAUGUUGGCAUUGCAACG